AUGUCACCCGCGGUGUCACCGGAGCGCCCGAACCCACGCCGCAGCUCCUCGGGUGCUACCAAGGAGGGUCACCAGGACCUCCCCAAGAUGGGACGUCCCCAACUUGUGGCCGUCCCGUCCCCUCGCAGGAACCAGGUGGCCCUCAAGGACCAGAGGUGGCCACCACCGCGCCCCAAGAACCAGGUGGCCCUCAAGGACCAGGAACGGCUGUCACCAGACCCCCAGAGCCAGGUGGCCCUCAAGGACAAGAGGUGGCCACCACCGCGCCCCAAGAACCAGGUGGCCCUCAAGGACCAGAGGCGGUUGUCACCAGACCCCCAGAGCCAGGUGGCCCUCAAGGACAAGAGGUGGCCACCACCGCGCCCCAAGAACCAGGAGCUCGGUGUCCCUCCCGGCCAGGAGGUGACAGUCCCCAAACCCCAUGACCCAGAUGUCCCCCAAGGACUGGAGAUGACCGUCCCCGAGCCCCGAGAGUCAGAUGUCCCCCAAGGACCGGGGACAAUCGUCACCGUCACUCGGGAGCAGGACGGACCCGGACAACCAGACGUGAUUGUCCCCAAACCUCAAGAGUUCGAUGUCCACCGAGGAUCAGAGACCAUCGUCUCCGGACACCGAGACCCGGGUGUCCCUCAAGGAGAGGGGACAAUUGUCACCGGCGGUUGGGAGCAGGAGGGACCGGAGAUGGUUGUCCCCAAAGCCCAGGAGCUGGACGGCCCCAGAGGACAGGAGACGAUGGUCACCGGAGCUGGGGAGCAGGACGCACCCGCGGGACCAGAGGUGAUUGUCCCCAAACCCCAAGACCUGCAUGUCCCCAAGGGCUGGAGACGAUUGUCCCCAAAGCCCAAGACCUCAGUGUCCCCCAAGGACUGGAGAUGA